AUGGCGACCCCAAAUUCCAAUACAGAUGCUUCUAAAGCUCCAACAAUCGCUACGCAAAAUGACAAUAACAGUGUUCUCCCCUCCUCCGCCGCAGCAGCCGUCCUUGUUCCAUCCGCUCCAGUCCCCGAUCAUGUCCAGAAAGUGCGCGGUGUUGAGUUUAACGACUACGCCGGUCGCGACAUCACCGUUGCCGAGCUAGUAGCAAACAUGGCCACGAUGGGGUUUCAAGCGAGUGCAAUUGGCGAGGCCACACGCAUUAUCAACGAUAUGCGUGCAUUCCGAGACCCCGAGACAGGCGAUAGCACGACUAUAUUUCUCGGAUACACCAGCAAUUUGAUAUCAUCAGGUUUACGGGAAACAUUACGAUUCUUGGUGCAACACAAGCAUGUCUCGGCCAUUGUCACGACAGCCGGGGGUGUAGAGGAGGAUUUUAUCAAGUGUCUGGCCCCGACCUACCUGGGAUCAUUCAGCACGCCCGGUGCCGGGCUUCGCGCACAAGGGCUUAAUCGCAUUGGCAACCUGGUGGUUCCAAAUAGCAAUUACUGUGCAUUUGAAGACUGGCUGGUACCUAUUCUGGAUAAGAUGGUGGAUGAGCAGGAAGAAUCGAAAAUAAAAGCGCAGCAGAGCGGAGAUCCGGAUGACGAAUUACACUGGACCCCGUCGCGAAUUAUCAACCGACUGGGCAAAGAAAUUAAUAAUGAAGAAUCUGUUUACUACUGGGCUUGGAAGAACGACAUUCCUGUCUUUUGUCCGGCGCUAACGGAUGGCUCGUUGGGAGACAUGCUUUAUUUCCACACGUUCAAGUCGUCGCCCAAGCGGCUCCGGGUCGAUAUUGUCGACGAUGUCAGACGAAUCAACACCAUGGCAGUUAGGGCCCGGAGAGCAGGAAUGAUUAUUCUUGGCGGAGGAGUGGUCAAACACCAUAUUGCCAACGCGUGUUUGAUGAGGAAUGGUGCCGAGAGUGCAGUCUAUAUCAACACGGCGCAGGAAUUUGACGGCAGUGAUGCAGGCGCCAGACCGGAUGAGGCGGUUAGUUGGGGGAAGAUCAAAGCCGGGGCAGACAGUGUCAAGGUGUAUGCAGAGGCUACUAUUGCUUUCCCGCUGAUUGUCGCCAGCACAUUUGCGCGGGCCAAUGCAAGCAAAUGA